AUAGACAAAUUGAACAAAGAGAUUAAACAAGACAAUGCGUAGAGGGACUAACUAUGGUUGGGACGACACGUCCCAUGACUACCACUCUCAUGUUUCGAGAAUGGAAAGGAUGCCCAGCGUUCUGACCGACGUCCCUCACUAUCCUAACGUCCAUAGGAUCUUCAACAACACGACGACGGUGUACGAGGAAGAAGAUGGGAGUGGCCACCAUCAGAAAAAAGACCAUGAACCUCAGGUUCGUGCUAAGAAAGUUCAGUUUGUGGAGCAGGAAGAAGUCAUAGGGGAGACUGAUAAGAAUGGAAACAACGUUAAAGUUUACGAGGAAAACGUCGAUGUGGAAGCUGAUGGGUUCAUCAAGCAGAAGCACAAGAACUUUGAGCUAUGCAAGUGGGCUAGCUUCAAAAUGACUUAACAAUUAGAAAUUGUUCCAAUCCAAACAACCACUCAGGCAGUCUCUCUCUGUUACUGUUAUUGUCAUGGCUGAUUGGCAUAUAUAUGCAGCAGGCAAAAAACUAAGCUCAUAAAAUAAUGUUACAAAUUAGUAAGCAUUGAUUAGUUAAAUAAAUUGCCUGUCUUUUGUAAUUAAAUUAUAUAUAUAUAUAUUACUAGCCAAUUAAACUUACUUCAAA